GGGGCUGCAGCGAAUCAGGACGCAGCCCCUGCAAAGCCCAGGCUGCCCGAGUGUCGACUCCCAUCUGUCGAGCUGUCACUUGACAGCAGCAGCACACAUGAACCGGAGGGUCCCGCGCACGGAUUUCGAUCGCCUGUCGACUUUACUAUAAAGGCGUUGCCUUCGUUGCGUUUUCAACGGGGCAGCGACAUUAAAGGACAACAGCUUUGGCAUCUCCACGGACGGAGCACGAAAGCGUAGGACGAAGGUUUUCUCCGCCGCUCGCUACUCGGGCUGCUAAUGCUAAUAGCUAGCCAGCUAGCUAGCUUGCGGACCGGAUAGCAGGUGUUCGGCAGCCCGUUGGUGUAUUUAGCUGGCGAAGCUAAGGUCGGAUGAGCUAAGGAUAGCUGCCGGUCAACGGUACCUCGCGGCUGCUUUGGCAUAAUAAAUGUGUCAAUGUAGCGCUUUUGCCAAUACAACGCCAACUACUUCCCGUGUCAAUGCAUGCACCGUUGUGAAGUGUUUCUCCGCCUCUCGCCUUGAUGAAUCUACCCCGUAUAUGACUAGCAUGCUACGGCUCUGCUAAUGCCAGCUCAGUGAGGCUUCACGUCGUCGCAGGGCUGCGGAGUUCCACGGGCGAGCCGAAAGGGGGAAGAGACGUGCUCGGUAAUGCAUACUGGGGGACACGGUGGACUGUCAGGCGAAGGAGACCGAUAUUAGCGUCAACGUUGCGCCCUGCCCACCCCCGUAAAUCCUUAUUGAGUUUGGGCCAUAUGGUUUUAGCCAGGCUGCGGUGGAUAUUUGAUGAAGAAAGGGAUUAGGCUCAUUUUGACCAGACAGCUGACUAAAUGAAUAGCCCUGUUAUCCACUGAAUCGUGAGGUGGUGGCCACCGUGCCAGAAAAGGGAAUACAUUCUGAAGAUCAACCCCAGGGAUUGCAAUACACACAACGAGCUUGCAAAACGAUGGCUUCGGCGGGCAGUAUUGCUGCAGCCAUUGCUAGCAAAACCAAGACGAAAAAAAAGCACUUCGUUGCCCAGAAAGUGAAGCUCUUCCGUGCCAGCGAUCCUCAACUCAGCGUGGUUAUGUGGGGAGUCAACCAUUCGAUAAAUGAGUUGAGCCAUGUUCAGAUUCCCAUUAUGCUCAUGCCAGAUGAUUUCAAGGCCUACUCGAAGAUUAAAGUGGACAACCAUCUAUUCAAUAAAGAAAACAUGCCCAGCCAUUUCAAGUUCAAGGAGUAUUGCCCCCUGGUGUUUCGAAACCUCAGGGAGAGGUUUGGCAUCGAUGAUCAAGAUUUCUUGAACUCCCUGACUCGUAGCGCUCCCUUGAACAGUGAAGCCCAGGGACGAAGCGGGGCUCGUUUCCAUACCUCAUAUGACAAGCGCUACGUCAUCAAGACCAUCAGCAGUGAAGACGUGGCGGAAAUGCACAACAUUUUAAAGAAGUACCAUCAGUUUAUUGUGGAGUGCCAUGGCAACACGCUGCUGCCUCAGUUUUUGGGGAUGUACAGGCUCACCGUUGACGGGGACGCAACGUACAUGAUUGUUACACGCAACGUCUUCUCGCACCGCCUUUCUGUCUUCAAAAAAUAUGAUCUCAAGGGUUCGACUGUGGCGCGAGAGGCCAGUGACAAGGAGAAGCAGCCGCCCCCACCAGAGGAUGUGCCCCUGCGGCCCAAAUCUGGUAACGUUCAGCAAAGGCUGCAAACACUGCGGAUCGCGACGCGCUUUUACUGCGCCAUGAAACACGUAAGAGAUGCUAAGGAGCUGCCUACCUACAAGGACAACGACUUCAUCAACGAUGGCCAGAAGAUCUGCGUCGACGACGAGAACAAGAAAAUGUUCUUGGAGAAGCUCCGGAAAGAUGUCGAGUUCCUGGCCCAGUUGAAGCUCAUGGACUACAGUCUGCUGGUGGGGAUCCACGAUGUGGAACGAGCAGAGCAGGAAGAGGUGGAAAGCGAGGACAACGAGGCCGAGGAGGAGGGUGGCGAGAGCGACGGAGGGGUCAUCGGGACCCCUCCCGACAGUCCCAGCAACACCCUGGACAGCACCAAGCCCCUGUCCCCCGGGGAAUUUGAUCCCGCCAUUGAUGUCUAUGCCAUCAAAAGCAGUGAAAGUGCGCCCAGGAAAGAAGUCUACUUCAUGGCCAUCAUUGACAUCCUGCAACACUAUGAUGCCAAGAAGAAGGCCGCCCACGCCGCAAAGACGGUCAAACAUGGCGCUGGGGCCGAAAUCUCAACCGUGAACCCCGAGCAGUACUCCAAGAGGUUUCAUGAUUUCAUCACCACUAUUCUGUCAUAGCCCCCACGAGCACCAGGAGGUGCUUAAGCUCGAGGGUGGUGGGGGCCGUAGGGUGGAGAGGGGGAAAAAACAAAAGGCGAUGGAAAGAAUGAAGGUGCUGUGGUGUCUUUGUGUGGCUUCCCCGUUUCCUCCUUGCCGCAGCUAAAACGUUAUUCGUUUACAUUCAACUCCUCCUUGACUUUUGCAAAGGUUCUUUGGAUGAGGCAAUUGUCAAAAUCAAAUGUUCUUUUGUUGUUGUUGUUUUUCCCAAACAGUCUUGAUGAGUCCUUUGUCUUGUCAUUUUGGUGGAAAAGUGUUUUUUAAAUUGCCCCCCCCCCCCGCACAUCCUUUGUGUGUUUGUGUCAGACUCACCCUUUAUGUGAUGUUGGAGGGGGGCUGAGUUUCACUGAGGGGAGGAGGCCAGCCCCCCCCCCCCUUCCCGGCAACACGCCACCCUCCCGUCCCUGCAGAUUGCCGCGUUCGUUGCGUUUAGUCACUCCCAUGUCCUCCUCCUGUGCGCUCUUGCCAUAUGUCGAUACAGCGCUUCCCCUCAUCCCGUGCGCUCACUUUUGUCAUUUGAGUUGUGAUGCGGACUGGAUAAGUGUGACUUAGCGACGGGGACAGGAAACGAUGCAUCAAUCGACAUCGUAAAAAUAACUUCUCGGGUGGCGGUCUUUUCGAGAGUCGACAUCGGCCAUGAACAGGCUCUUGCCAUCGGCACCUUAUGUUAGGAAUUUAAAAAAAAAAUGUUUGCACUUUUUUUGUUGUUACAGUCCAUGACAAAACAUUUGAGCUUUUGAUGACAUUUGUGGCAACUAAGAGGAAUCCUGUGAAUAAUGUGUGGAAAAGCUGCAGGGACUUGGUUCCGUUUGGAGAGAAACCAGAAAAGUAUUCGAUUGGGCCAACAAAACAAAAUUGAUCCUGCCGUGAUCAUACAAGUAGGAACCACGUGGCUGCCUCGCACUCCGGGCAGCAGAAAAACAAGCGUCCUCUUCUUGCAUCCAUAAUUUCAAAGUCAAUGCAACGUGUUUUCAAGGAGGCUACUGAUCAUUGUCCAGCAACGCUUCCAGAUGUUUUUUUUUUUUUUGUUGUUGUUUUUUUUUGAAGGGGGGGCACUUAAUCGUCUUUGAGAUUGGCACGGCACUCCCUCACUUCCCCGCACACAUUUCCACGUUCACGUUGCUUCACUCAUUGUGGAGCAUCAGUCACGUUUUUUUUUUUGUUUUGUUUUGUUUUUUUUUUAGUCAUCACCUGCAGGUAUUUCUCUUUUUACAUUUGUUGAGGAUGACGAUAGCAUAGAAUCUUGAUCUCAAAAUGGAUUAUCCCUCCCACUGCAGCUUUACAUGAGCUGCAUCCAGAGGAAAAAAAGUUUGUCACAUUUUGUUUACAGAACAUCUUCAAAAGAGCCUUGCCCGUCAAUCGUCGCAAGGCAAACACUGACUUUUUCGUGGCAAAUGCCGGAUGACCACUCUUGGUGUUUCUGUUUCAAUCUGGUGAAGAGGGUUGCAGCCCCUCAUGUUUGCGGGCGUGACCGCGUUUCUCUUUAACUUUGGCUUGAUGACUUUCCUGGAGAGAGUUUUUGGGAGAUGAUACAAGAAGCAUGUUGUCAAGGCCGUUCCCAUUUGUGUUGGAGGGUUUUUGAAUAUUUUGCACACAAGGAAAGGAACCAAAUGUUACAAACAACAACCCCA